UUGUAGUCUCGGAGGCGCAGUUCCUGGGCUGGCGGCUUCAGGAUUCCUGGUCCCAGCGUCCCCCGCACGAGCCUCUAAGCACUUCCGCCCUGUUGUGAAGUGGGUGUCUCCGUGGUCUUGGGGAACAGUCCCUGGAAGCACACAUUGCCAAUGCAGGAAGUCCCUAGAUGAGGACAGCCCCGCCAAAGUGACGCCUGCAGGCCCGUGAUGGCUGUGGCCUCGCCUCCACCAGAGCCUGAAGACCUGAUUGUGAAACUAGAGGAGGGCUCUUGGGGACCAGUCUCCAAACCCCAGAAGGAAGUCCAUGGCCACGUCCCUGGCCCUGAGGUUUCCCGCCGGUGUUUCAGGCAGUUCCAAUACCAGGACGCAGCUGGGCCCCAUGAGGCUUUCAGCCAGCUCUGGGCUCUCUGCUGUCGUUGGCUGAGGCCUGAGAUCCGCCUCAAAGAGCAGAUCCUGGAAUUGCUGGUUCUAGAACAGUUCCUGUCCAUCUUACCCAGGGAGGUACAGACCUGGGUGCAGGCACGACACCCCGAGAGCGGGGAGGAGGCUGUGGCCUUGGUGGAGGAUUGGCACCGAGAGACCUGGGCUGCCGGACAGCAGGGACUGGAGCUGUGUGCUGAAGAGUCCGGGUCCUUCGAAGCAGUUCAAGAGUUUCAGAGCUUCCAGCUGCAGCCAGUGGCUCACUGCACUGCGAUACAGCCCCAGAGACAGUUGAAUACACAUCCCAACCUUUCCAAGAUGCCACCUCAGCCCUUGAAAGCGAGUGCUAUCCUCACACCCCAAGCCCCAACUGUUCCAAAGAUGGGGAGCACUAGAGGUUGGGAGGCGGCAGCCCAGUCCCAGGAAGCCCUGAGCCCCAGUAGACAAGCCAAGGAGGAGCUCUGCCAGGACCCCGCAGGAGAUGACUGUGGGAACCAUGCAUGCCUGGGAGUUCCAGUUUCUAAGCCAGGUGUCACGUCCCAGCACGAGCGAGGACCAGGAAUUUCGGGUCUGAGCCUUAUAAAUUCUAGGAAUGGGAACACGGCAGAUUCUAGCCUGGACAGUGAGCCAAACCAACCAGCCCAGACACCAGCCCAGGAGGACUCUGGGGCCCAGGAAGAACAAUGCCAAUGUGAUGGGGAGGAUGUGAAGGUGUCAGGUGUGCACUGGAGCUACGAGGAGACCAAGACCUUCCUGGCAAUCUUAAGUGAGUCUCCUUUCUCUGAAAAGCUCCGGACUUGCCACCAGAACCGCCAGGUAUACGGGGCUAUUGCAGAGCGGCUGCGGGCACGGGGCUUCCUGCGGACGCUGGAGCAGUGUCGCUACAGGGUCAAAAACCUUCUACGGAAUUACCGGAAAGCCAAGAGCAGUCACCCACCAGGAACCUGCCCCUUCUAUGAGGAGCUGGAGGCUCUGGUGAAGGCUCGGACAACCAUCAGAAGAACCACAAAUGGCCCAGGAGAGGCUGUGGCACUGCCCAGGCUGGGUGACAGUGACGCUGAGAUGGAUGACCAAGAGGAAGCCAGCUGGGAGCCCAGGGAGGCACCAGAAGACUGCAGGGGUUCUGGCCUGGCCACCGAGGAGUCUGUUCGGGGCCCCAGGAUUGCAGGGGGCCCAGCUCUGCUCCAGAACCGCAUUGCAGGUGUGCACUGGAGCUUUGAGGAGACCAAGGCCUUCCUGGCAAUUCUCAGUGAGUCCCCAUUCUCUGAAAAGCUCCGGACUUGCCACCAGAACCGCCAGGUAUACCGGGCCAUCGCAGAGCGGCUGUGUGCACUGGGCUUCCUGCGGACGCUGGAGCAGUGUCGCUACAGAUUCAAAAACCUUCUUCGAAGCUACCGGAAAGCCAAGAGCAGCCAUUCACCAGGAACCUGCCCCUUCUACAAGGAACUGGACUCGCUGAUGAGGGCUCGGACUGUGAUCAAGGCCAUGGAGGUGGUAGGAGAAGCCAGAGGUCUUCCAGGGUCUGGGCAGAGCGGUGCUGAGGCUGAUGACCAAGAGGUCUGGGGUGAGAUAGAAGAUGAAGAUGCCAUUAAACUUCUGACUCCAGAUCCCCAAACUCUAGAUCCAGGUUUUGAGUUGAAGCAUGAGGAUGAAGACCAGAUAUCAGAGCAGGAUGUUUUUGGGGAUUUGCCUGGAACAUUAUCAAACUAUACCACAGACGCAGUUUGUCGGUCUCAUGACUGGGGGGAGGAGAAUGAGAUCGAAGAGGAAGGGGCGUGGAGGAAUGCUCUCCCGUGGGAAGAGUGCUCCUCUGAAGAGGACUUGGAAAAACUCAUUGACCAUCGAGGCCUGUACCUUACAAAGAAACCCUACAAAUAUGACACAUGUAGGAGAAGCUUCAGCAGGAACUUCCACUCCGAGGCCCUCCAACAAAUCCACACAGGGGAGAAGCCCUACAGACGUCUUGACUGUGGAAAAAGCUUCAGUGACCACUCCAACCUCAGUGCCCACCAGAGAACCCACACAGGGGAGAAGCCCUAUACAUGUGGGAAGUGUUGGAAAAGCUUCAGGCAGAGCUCAAACCUGCUGAAACAUCAGAGGGUCCACUCGGGAGGAGCUCCUGACCAGUGUGAUGAGCCUGGGGAGAACGUUGGCCAAAGUCCAUCUUUUAGUGCUCGCUGGAGAAAUUCUACGCGGGAGAUAUCUACACGACCUCAGAAUGUGAGCAUGAGCACGGACUCCCCCGGACCCCGUCGCUCCAGCUCAGGGGAGAAGCUGUAUCCGUGUCUUGAAUGUGGAAGGUGUUUCUCUAAGAGCUCUGCCCUCAUCAGUCACCAAAGAAUCCACACAGGUGAGAAGCCAUACGAAUGUGCCCAGUGUGGGAAGAGCUUCAGCAAGGGCUCCACCCUGGCCAACCACCAGCGGACGCACACCGGCGAGAAGCCGUAUACGUGUGCGGACUGUGGAAAGGGCUUCAGCGAGCGCUCCAAGCUCACCACCCACCAGAGAAUCCACACGGGAGAGAAGCCCUACAGAUGCCUGGAGUGUGGCAAGUUCUUCCGGGACCGCUCCAACCUCAUCACUCACCAGAGAAUCCACACGGGGGAGAAGCCGUACAAGUGCAGAGAGUGUGGGAAGUGCUUUAACCAGAGCUCCAGCCUCGUCAUUCACCAGAGAACCCACACCGGGGAGAAGCCCUACAAGUGCGCGGAAUGCGGCAAAGACUUCAACAACAGCUCCCACUUCAGUGCCCACCGCAAAACCCACGCAGGGAGGAGAGCCUUGUAGGCAGCGCCUCCUCCCAGCAGAAGAGCAAUAAUGUGUGUUUAUAUCUCAUUGUCGUUUCGAAAACAUGCUAGAAAGAAACCUUCCAACGUCUAAGCUUGGUGUAUACUUAAGAGAUGGUAUCUUGUAAAUUCGGGUAAUUUGGAUGUGAAUUACACCUACAAGGAUUAAGAUUUGGA